ACAAACUGCUAGUCUUCCAUCUAAUAAGAACUCGCUGAAGACCCAAACCAGGACUUUGGGCUGUCAUCGCUACCAUCAACCAUCAGGAGCUUCUCCAAAGAGGACACACUUCCAUCUGGGGCAUUAGAGCUGAAUGACAUCGACUAAGGAGGUGAUGUGGAAAUCAAUCGUGGUCACGUUGAUGCUCUCAAUGUUCCAAAGUCCUUCUGCUACUGCUGAAAGCCAGAGGGACGCACUGAAAGACUGUCUGGCAGACGCAGACUAUGACGAGCUGCUGCAGACGCUGCAGGCCGGCCUCCCGCUCAUCACCGCGUCUCAUCAUGUUGUCAUAGUCGGAGCUGGGAUGGCUGGACUCACGGCUGCAAAGCUACUGCAAGACGCUGGACACCAGGUGACCAUUUUAGAGGCUAGUGGUCGUGUUGGAGGACGUGUGCAAACCUACAGGAAUGAAAAAGAAGGCUGGUAUGCUGAUUUGGGAGCCAUGAGGAUCCCGAGUCAUCACAGCAUCGUCUGUUGGUUUGCCACAAAGCUGGGGGUCAAGUUAAAUGAAUUUAACAUCGCAGACCCCAACACUUUUUACUUGGUGAACGGGCUGCGGGAGAGGGCUCACACAGUGCAGUCAGACCCUGACGUCCUUCAGUACAAGGUGAAGAGCAGUGAGAAAGGGAAGUCGGCCAGUGAGCUCCUACAGCAAGCUCUGCAGAAGGUUAAAGAUGAAAUAGUGACUAAUGGCUGCUCUGAUGCGCUGAGAAAAUAUGAUCGUUAUUCACUGAAGGAGUAUCUGAAAGAAGAAGGAGGUCUGAGUUCCGAAGCGGUGAGAAUGAUCGGCGACCUGCUUAAUGGACACAGCUAUAUGGCAAUGGCGCUGAUGGAGAUGAUUCAUGACAACUAUGAAAUCAGUGACAACAAAACGUACUACGAGGUGACAGGUGGGUUUGACCUUCUCCCUUCAGCUUUUCUUAGUGUCCUCAAUGGCAGUAUUCUCCUGAACUCCAAGGUCAAGCACAUCAGCCAGUCUGAUACAGGUGUCACUGUAUCUUACCAGACAGGCCAACAAACGUCUUCUCUGACCAAACUUCAGGCAGACGUCGUCCUGGUAGCGACCACGGCCAAAGCAGCUGUUUUCAUGGAAUUCAGUCCAGCACUUUCCGUUGAAAAGAUGGUGGUCCUGAGGGAAAUCCACUAUGACAGUCCCACUAAAGUCAUCCUCACCUUCAGGGAGAAGUUCUGGGAGAGGGAUGGCAUUUUCGGUGGGAAAAGUAUCACCGACAGGCCCUCUCGUUUCAUCUACUACCUCAGCCAUAGUUUUCAGACGAAUAAGGAGAUUGGUGUCCUCCUAGCUUCCUACACUCUGUGUGAUGAAUCCUUACUUUUCCUUGGAGUAAGUGAUGAAGACCUGAAAGAGCUGGUUCUGAGAGAUCUGGCAGAGAUCCACGGCGACUACGUCAGGGAUCUGUGCACAGGGAUGAUUGUAAAGAGGUGGGCUUUGGAUCCUUACAACCUGGCUGGCAACGCUCUCUUUGCACCCUACCAAACCUUGGAGUCCUCCAAGGAGCUCUUCAAAAGUGAAGGCAGAGUUCACUUUGCCGGUGAAUACAUUGACUUUCCUCACGGCUGGAUUGAGGCAGCAAUGAAAACCGCAAUCAGAGCUGCAACAAACAUCAACAAAGCUGUGCGCAAAGAAUGUGCUACACCCCCAACUGAGAUGAGCUGUCAUGUGUAAUCAGAGCUUCUUGUCUAGGGGCCACCAAAGUGGUCUCUUAAAUGCUCUUGUUUCUAUGCUGGACGUGGCCCACCUUCAGAAAUGUUUGAUUCCAUGUCAAGUGUUUUUUGUGUUUAUUUCUACAUCUAUCAUUUUA